GACGCUUUCAAUCUCGGGAUGAAAAAGCGAGCGCUCGUUUCCCCGUGUUACUCCUAGAAGUGUCAAGAAAAAACAUCGUUGCUGAGUCUGAAAAGAAAACCGAGCGUGAAUCACCAGAUAUACAUCGGACAGGAUUGAAGAGGAGAAAGUUCCCCACUUGAGGGCGAAAUCAGACUUUUUUGAGGACGCCAACUUUGAAAAGUGCCAGGAGCCCCGGGGUCUGUCAGAUACAACAUGCAGCAAUGUCCAAGGAGGCAGAGUUGGAUGUGAGAGGCAGUGAGUGUGACACGGUCCCACCAGAGCCCAGCAGAGACCCAGAGUCGCCCAGGCCACCUCCAGCUAAGGCUAACGGACCCACGGACACAGCUGGCAUUUGCACGAGCAUCAUCUCAAGUAGCCACAGUACUAGUAGCAGCAGCACCACCAGCAGCAGAAGUGGUCUGGGUGGCGUAAGCAUCGUUAGCAGCAGCGCUGAGGGAGCAGGCGCGAGCUCCAUGCAGUUCAGCACCAGACCGCCUAGUGCUGAGCAGCCGGGCUUCAUGGGGACAUGGCAGCAGCAGAGCACUGACAGCAACCUCCUCUACAGAAUGUCCCAGCAGGGUGCUGUAACGCGGCUUCCUUUGAAGUGCGACAGGUCGACUAUGGGCCGAGAUCUGGAAGAGGCCAUUCGCUGCACACUGGUGAACUGCACGUGUGAGUGUUUCCAGCCAGGGAAGAUUCACCUACGAACAUGUGACCAGUGCAAACAUGGCUGGGUAGCUCAUGCUCUGGACAAGCUCAGCACCCAGCAUCUCUACCACCCGACCCAGGUGGAGAUCGUUCAGUCCAAUGUAGUGUUUGACAUCAGUAGCCUGAUGCUGUACGGCACCCAGGCGGUACCUGUCAGGCUCAAGAUCCUUCUCGACCGCCUUUUCUCCGUGCUCAAGCAGGAGGAGGUGCUGCACAUCCUGCAUGGCUUGGGCUGGACCCUCCGAGACUACGUCAGGGGCUACAUACUGCAGGAUGCUGCAGGCAAGGUGCUGGACCGCUGGACCAUCAUGUCCAGAGAAGAAGAGAUCAUCACCCUCCAGCAGUUCCUGCGCUUUGGUGAGACCAAGUCCAUUGUGGAGCUGAUGGCCAUUCAGGAGAAGGAAGGUCAGGCAGUUACAGUUCCUUCUUCCAAGACAGACUCCGGGAUAAGGACAUUCAUUGAAAGUAACAACAGGACCCGUAGCCCGGGGCUCCUUACACAUCUGGAAAAUAGUAGCCCAUCCAGCAUCCACCAUUUUGAAAAUAUCCCCAACAGCUUAGCCUUCCUGUUGCCCUUCCAGUACAUCAACCCAGUCUCUGCCCCCAUGCUUGGCUUGCCCCCCAAUGGCCUCCCAAUGGAGCAAUCUGCUCUGCGGCUCCGGGAACCCAGCCUGCCAAACCAAGGAGAACAAGUGGAAACCAGCGAGUCAGAAGUGUCCCUAUCACCAUUCCGCACAGGUCCAAGUCCUAGUCGUGGAGCGCUGGCAGCCAUUAACAACAACGCCGAACCCAAGACAGAGCCCAACAACCGGGCAUCUCCCAUCUCACCAACCCCUUCCACCCAGCAGGCUCAACAGCAGCAACAGCAGACACAGCUUCAGCAGCAACAGCCACAGGGCCAACAGCAGUCCCAAAAUCAACCUCAGCAACCUAACAGCUUGAGUGACCACCCGGUCCACCACCAUUUCAUAAAGGACGAGCAGUCAAAAACAAUCACCCAUCCUUCCUUUUCCUCCAAGAUGCAUCGCAUGCGCCGCAUGGGAGCCACCUCACGCAAGGGUCGCGUUGUCUGCAACUCUUGUGGAAAAACCUUUUAUGAUAAAGGCACACUUAAGAUACAUUAUAAUGCUGUACACUUGAAGAUUAAACACCGUUGCACCAUCGAGGGCUGCAAUAUGGUGUUCAGCUCACUACGCAGCCGCAAUCGUCACAGUGCAAAUCCCAAUCCGCGGUUGCACAUGCCCAUGCUGCGCAAUAACCGUGACAAAGACCUCAUCCGUGCCAAUUCUACCACUGGCACACCUGUCAUCUCGAGCACCAAGAACAGUGGUUUCACACUCACUAGCCCUGGAAGGCCACCACUGGGCUUCACCACUCCACCUGUAGACCCUAUGCUUCAGUCGCCUCUGCAAAGUCCACUGGUGUUCCCCUCCUUGAAAUCAGUGCAGCCAGUUCAACCAGUGCCCCCGUUCUACCGAACACUACUGUCCCCUGCAGACCUUGUUAGUCCUCCAGUGUCACUGCCCACCAGCCCCAUCAUGCCCACCACUACCAACAGCACUACUCUAAUGGACCAGCAACAGCAGAUCCUGGCUGCUGCAGCUGUGGCCUCUCAUAAUAAUGUUCAUGUGUCAGAUGCAGGACCCAUGUCCCACCGUUUACCAACACCUAGUGCCAAUCACGACCUCACCAAUGGCAGCAGUGACCCCACGCCCAAAAAGAAGCCUCGUAAAUCAAGCAUGCCAGUAAAGAUUGAGAAAGAAGUCAUCGAUGUGGCUGAUGAAUAUGACGACAAAGAUGAUGAUGACGACGAUAACAUGCACCAUAAUCACCACCAUCACCAGUCAUCUCUUCUUCACAACAAUGUCAGAAUUAACGGAAAUUGUAAUAGCAACAACAACAGCGCUAGUGGAAAUGGGAACCACAGUGGUGGAAGUGGGCAGCAAUCCCCUUCCCAGGAUGAGAUGAGCCCUGGUUUAGCUCUGAGAGGAAUGAUGAGACAAAGCGAAGAUGAAUGCCACGAAGGAAAUGGUAGUGACAGCAGAGGUGGAGCUGCUGAUCUACGCUGCAUGGACAGCUUUACCUCUGAGGAUCAGGACCACGAGAGAGACUUUGAGAAUGAGUCUGAAAACUCGGAUUCAAAGAUGUUUUACCGUGAUGAGCUGAUGGAUGUGGAGGAUCAGCAAAAGCACAGCAGGGGUGGAAGGGGACUGGAAAAGGAACAAGAUGAUGAGGGUAGCGAGGAAGCUCAUUUGAGAAAGGAAAUGGAAGGAAAGGGCAACUCCUCACCCUCCCCUCAUCACCCUCCCAUCAAGAUCAAAGAAGAACUCAACGAUCCAACUUAUGACAUGUUCUGCAUGGGCCAGUAUGGCUUCUAUAAUGGGGGCAUGGCAGCGGCUGCUGCCACUGCUGCAAGCAUGGCUGCGCUUCACGAGAGCUUCAUCACUUCGAUGGGCUAUGGUUCCAGCCCACCCAAAUUCCUUUCUUCUCGAUCACCAGAGGGAGAUCCAUGUUCAAGUCCUGACCCCAAGAUCUGCUAUGUCUGUAAGAAGAGCUUCAAGAGCUCCUACAGCAUGAAACUGCACUACAAGAACGUGCACCUCAAAGAGAUGCAUGUGUGCACUGUGGCUGGCUGCAAUGCUGCUUUCCCUUCCCGGCGGAGCAGAGACAGGCACAGCUCCAACAUCAACCUGCACCGCAAACUGCUGACCAAAGAGCUGGACGACAUUGUCCUGGACCCCCAACUCACGCCACUGCCCAAGGACCUGCGAGCUGAGUUACUGGCCAAGAUCUACGCUGGACACUACAUGGGCUUGGACCCCAUGGCCGGCAUGGGCCUCGGAGGUGCCAGUCUCAGGCCUGCCGGGCUGAACCACAUUCCCCAUUCCCCCAUGAGUAAUGAUCAUCUUCACCAUCCUCUCAACCAAGACUUUCGAAACCACCACACCAACGGCUUCUCUCGGGGCCAGCCAGACGACUACAUGGUUUUGGACCUGAGUACCACAUCCAGCGUUCAAUCGAGCAGCAGCGUCCACUCCUCACACGAGUCAGAUGAGGGCAGCGAUGAAGGCAUCCUAUUGGAUGACCUGGAGGAAGAGGGAGAAGAGGAUGAGGGCAACAGCGAGGGAGAGGACUUCUCCCAGCGUGCCAACGGGCGGGCUGAUGGGGGAUAUCGGGAUGAGACGAGAGAACUAAAAGAUGGACAAAGUGAGGGGUUGGACCCUUCCUCCUCACCAUUCCUCCUUUCGUCCUCUGGAGGCAGUAAUGGCAGCAGCAGUGGGAUCCUCUGUAACAUCUGCCACAAAAUGUACAGCAACAAAGGGACCCUGCGUGUGCACUACAAGACUGUGCACCUACGCGAAAUGCACAAGUGCAAAAUCCCCGGUUGCAACAUGGUGUUCAGCUCUGUACGCAGCCGCAACCGACACUCUCAGAACCCGAACCUCCAUAAAAACAUGCCCUUCUCUACAAUAAUAGACUAAAGAAAUGACUUGUUACUCUGCCCUCCUGUCAGAAUGCCCGCUACUCCCUUCAUUCCUCAUCCUUAUUCCUCCUCAAAUUAGCUUUUAACCCCAGCCCAAGACCAUCAAAUACAAGCUAAAUGCCUGUAUGACCGUCCUUUGAACGUCAUUGCGAGACAUUUCUAUCUCCAUGUAUAAAAUUAAUUGACUCUAAAUACAGUUUAUUAUUGUGUCCUUUGACUUUUCCUUCUUUGGAAGAACAGGAUAACACUCUAGAGCAUGGAGAGUUGUGUUUUCAUAAGCCCCCUCCAUCCUUUCCUUUCUAACUUCUCCCACUUUGUGUUUAUUUCCAUCUCCAAAGGAUCCAUUCAAACUCUUAUUUGUGACUUUGCCUUCAGAUAUGAUAGUAUUGAAAAAAAAAAUUAAAAUG